AGGAGUGGCUUUACUUUGCUGGAGAGGAUCUGCUGAACAGCACAUCCGUUAUCAAGUUUGAGCUGUUGAGCUUGAUUUGGUUUCUUUUCUUAUAUUUUGUGGUGAUUUCCAUUUAUCCUGGCCACCCAAGAAAAUCUACAGACCCAUUAAACAUAAAUAACCUCAGGACUUGUGAUAUUCAGCAGCUUGUUAAAGGAUCUGUUUAUAGACCUGUAGGUGUUUUCCUCAACAUAACACACCUUUAAACUUGUCUAAGUUGCAGCAUUGACAGCACACAGGUCUUCCUUUCACUGCGAUGGCACGUUUCUGUGAAUUUUGUGCCUUCUGGCUUUUGGUGAUUGCUGUUGCAGGUGAAGCUUUCAGUCAACGACCUGGCUUGACUUUGGAGUGUGUUGGAAAUGUUAUGAAGCUUACUUUGGAUAGCUCUCUGUCUUUUGGACGUCAGCUCGAAGUUGAAGCCAUCAGUGGUUCACAAAUUGUGACUUUGACGCCCGCCCUGGCGGUUCAGUGUGGCUACAGCAUCGAGUCUGAUCCCUGGGGAAAUACGAAAAUCUACACAUCACUGCUAGGCUGCUUUGCUCAUAACCAUGGUGAUGCUGUGUUUGAUAUUGGUCUGCGCCUGCAGUUGUAUGGCAACCGGAUGUCUGAUGAUGUACAUGAGGUGGAAAAGACUUGCGAAUACAAUCAAUGGGCUUCACGUGAGAUUCUCUGUGAGCGAAACUUCAUGGAGGUCUCUGUUCACAGAGGACACCACGAUAUCAAUCUGCUUAAGCAGCCAAGACAAGCAGUCACAGGAGUCACUGGAUUCUCCACUAAUCAACAGGCCUCCACCGCUCUGAGCAAUAUUUGGAGGAUGGUCUUUUACACACCCAAAGAAAAGCCAAUGAUGUUAGAGGAGGUUCAGAACGCAGGUUAUGGCGUAUCGAUGACUCCCACGCGGUUGGUUCUGCGAAGUCCCUAUAACACGCCUGAAACUUAUACUGAGGAUGUGAAUGGGGUGCAAAUGGAGGUCUUUAAAGUGAGCACCUACUUCAAGCAGGCGUGGUCUGUAAUGAUUAUUGACAGUGCUGCUGUCUGUCCAACUGGUGGUCUCCAUUUUACCAAGGAACUCAUCACAUGGUACAUGCCCCAAUACAUCAUGCCUCUGGUGACUAAUCCUCAGUAUCAAAUCCUCGAAAUAUAUAUGGGUAUUGACGGAAAGAGGCUCAAUCAAACCGAGAUGAAAGCUAGGGGCUACACCCUGACGAUGACGGAGAGCCAAAUUAAAAUUUCCUUGCCUGUCGGUGGACCAGAUGGCUAUUAUAAGAGUAUUGUGUUGGAUUAUGAGCACCACGUCACUUACAGUAUUGAACCAAUGCUUGAAAUGCUGUGGCGAGAAGGAAAGUCUGAAAUCACCAGAUACAAAGUCCAUUAUCCCAUUAUCACACCACCAGAGCCUCGGCCGCCCCACGUCACAGACAAUACUGGUGCAGACUCAGACGUGUUUAAAAUAAUGCUGGGUUCCUUCCUGCCUGAUGUGGAGCUGUUGAACGUCACCUUGUCAACUGGAGUGAUGAGCGUGGAAGAGGCCAAUGGAAAAGGAUUUAACGUGCAGGAACACUUAUUUACUAACGGCUCCAAGGCUUUCAGCAUUGAGAUCCCCUUCUCCGAUCCCGCUGUCCUGAGGAGAACGAACGUCAACCCAGUGAACAUCGUCUAUAGUCUCUCCCUCACCUUUGGUUUGUUAGUGCUUCCUGAAUACAGUCCCUUUUCUCACUCUGCUUUAGUGGAAGCUACUCGCGAGGACAUCACGACGCUUCAUAUGAAUGGCGUCUGUGAUGAUAAGAACUUCUACAUCACAAUUGGACACAGGAACCAAGGCAUAAACUUUCACGUAAGGGUCGGCACGCGUGACCUCUCGGCUGACUUCUCUACGGAGUACAGUGUUAAGGAAAAUGGCACUCAUCUAAAUAUGACUGUGCCUUUCCUGGCACAAGAUGUUGUUUUUGAGAAGGCUGAUCAGUCAUCAGUGAGGGCUCGUAUUGAUGUAGUAAUAUCAUACAACAACUGGCAAUUUAAAAACUUCUCCAUGGCUUGCACCUUUCCCUUCAUCAUGACUGAAUGUUUCGCAAAUGGAUCCAUAACUGCGCUUGCCGUCAAGGUGGAAGCAGCAACAGGGAUGAUCCCAAGCCAGUUAACGCUGAGGGAUCCCUCAUGUAAACCCACCUUCAGCAACAACCGCUUUGCCUACUUCUCCUUUAAUGCAAACAGUUGUCAAACCACCAGAACGUUCCACAAUGGCAUCAUGACGUACCAGAACAAAAUCUCAAUGGGCAACAGGACAGCUGUUGCACAGGCGUUGCAAAAUGGCACAAAAACUGGUCCAGAAUAUCGUGUGAUAGUGGUCUGCAACUACAAGCUAACCAAAACACUGGCUAUGACGUUCUCCACUGGGCCACAAGCAAGCGAACUUCGUGCAGAUCCUGGUUUUGGAGAACUGCAUGUCAGGAUGAGGCUUGCUAGAGACGCCUCUUAUGAUGCCUUCUACAAGGACGAGGACUAUCCAGUGGUACAGUAUCUAAAGCAGCCUCUAUACUUUGAGGUAGAGCUGAUGCAGUCCAUUGACCCGCAAAUAGAGCUGGUCCUGGAGAACUGCUGGGCUUCGGCCAAUCACGGAGGCUCCAUGCUGACCUGGGAUCUCAUUGUGAACGGCUGUGCGAAUCCGGCCGACCGUUACCAAAUCACGUUCUAUCCUGUCACGGCCAACGACCGGGUUCGGUACCCGACCCACGUGAGACGCUUCAAAAUCGAGAUGUUCACUUUUGUUAAAGACGACGUGCCUCUUCAGGAUCAGAUCCUUGUCCGCUGUGAAACAGUGCUGUGUGACGUCCACCAGACUGACAGUGUCUGUAAUAUGCAGUGUCCAUUAUCUAAUCCUGAAAAUGUUAAAAGAGGACGCAGAAACAUGGGACGUGAACAGCACAGGAUGUGGGUCUCAUCUGGAAGAAUUUCCCUCUCCAGCUUGUAGUUCAGAUGUGAAUAAAGUGUUGACUUAAA